CUCUUCGCACGUCGCAUCGACCACUGUACUCGACCGAUCUAUACAAUUGACCACCGACAUGGCCGAAUUCGCGACUCCCUCCGCUGCACAGGUGGCUACCGCCGAUGCCUCUGCUGCUCCUCAGGAAAAGCAGCAGAUCACCAAGCCUGAGAAGCCCGAUGAGGAAAAGUACAAGACGGACCUCGCACAGGCGGAGAAGGAACACACCGCUGCCCAAGAAAAGCUGAAUGCCUGCAAGGCGAAGCUCGACCUCGCCCGCCCUAACAAUAAGGACUCGCCCAACGGAAAGCGCCAGCAAGAACUCAAGACCGAGUUGAAUGCGAUCCGCACAGCCCAACAGGGCAACAAAGGCUCGCGCAACGCUGUAUUUGAGAAGAUCAAGAAGCUCGACGAGCAGCUCAAGUCGCGAUUGGCUGAGCUCAAGACUGCAAAGGGCCGCGUCAACUUCAGGUCUGUCGAGGAUGUCGACCAGGAGAUUGCACGCCUCCAGAAGCAGGUCGACAGCGGCAUGAUGAAGCUAGUGGACGAGAAGAAGGCCUUGUCUGAGAUCAGCAACUUGAACAAGACCCGCAAGAAUUUCUCCGCCUUCGACUCGCAGCAAAAGGGCAUUGACGACAUCAAGGCCCAAAUUGCCGAACAGAAGAAGACACUGGACGACCCAGAGCAGAAGGCGCUGAGUGAGAAGUACACCAGGCUCCAGACUGAACUUGAUGGUCUCAAGGGCGAGCAGGACGAGGCUUUCAAGAACUUGAAGGCCCUCCGUGAGGAGACUGACAAGGCGCGCGCUCUCCAACAGGAGAAGUACCAGGCAAGGAAAGAACUCAAAGACACGUACUACCAACAGAAGCGUGCGUUCGCCGACUACGACUACCAGGCUCGCAAGAUCCGCAACGAGAAGAAGAAGCAGGAACAGCAGCAAUACCUGGCCUCCAAGCGCAAGGAGGCUGCCAGCAGCCGCCUUGAGGAGGCCAGCGCACCCGCAUACCAAGACGAGAUCAACUCUACCGAAGGGCUGAUCCGUCAUUUCGACCCAUCUGCUCUGCCUGCUAAAGAGACCGCUUCCGCCAGUCAAUUCGCUGCUUCCGCACAACGUACUGUCGACGAUGCUGGUCUCAAGGGCACUCGUGUCUCCAAGAAGGACCAAGAGGAAGAGAGCUACUUCGUUGGCACUGGCGGCAAGAAGGGCAAGAAGGGCAAGAAGGGCGGCGCUGCUCCUGCCGUGACCAAGUUCAACCUCAACAUGGGUAUCAUUGCGGAGUUGGCAAAGGUUGGUGUCGAUGCUCCCUCGAGCCAAGCUGAGGUCCCUUCCACAGUCGAGAAGCUGAACGAGAAGCUUGCGCACUGGAAGAAGGACCAGGACCGCAAGACUAAGGAGAACAUCGCCAAGGCGCAGAAGGAGAUCGAGCGUCUCGAGGCGGAGGAAACCGAGGGCACCAACGGUACCAGUGACUCUGCUCGCAAGCCGGCUCAGAAGAACGUCAACGGCUCGUCCCCAUCCGCCGAGCUCAACCAGGAGAAAGACGGUGCUACAGAUGCUGCUGAGGAGCUCCAGAAGGCAUCCAUCGAAGACAAGGAAGAGGAGGCCACAGAGGCAUAAGCUAUGCUGGCGAGAUAAGCUCAGUAAGGAUAAUCAGUUCUCAAAAGUUUGGCAAUCUACCUGGGAUAUCGCAUUGCCUACGGUUUGGCAUAUUCUUCUUCUUCUUUCCAGCCUGGGAUACGGUUCUCGCAGGUAUGUUUAUGGGAUAACGAUACGGCGUCGAUCUUAAGGUUUCACGAUGUAUUUCUAUGUUCUUUAGAAGUAUCAGGAAAUCUUGAUCGGGAGUAUAUUUCUUUAAUGUCUAAGUUCAAACGUUCCAAUCCCAUCUUUCAAUAUGAAGUGUUGAUAUGUGAGAUAUUGUAGGAGCUUGGGUUGAUGGCUUGUACACAUGAUCGAUCCUGAUGGUAAUAUAAAGAUAAUCGUUUUACC